CUUAUUUUAAACACUGCUCAUGAAUGGUUUCCAGAGCAAAACCGGUUUACCAUCCUUCGUCCUUUGAGCAACACUGAUUUACCGUGCAGCUAGUUAGGACAGCUUUGCUGUGAAAAUGUCCACGGGAUCCAUCAGUGACGUUGACGAUCUUCAUGAAACAGAUCUGGCCGAGUGUGACAUCCUCAAACUGGGGUCUGGCAAAGACUCAGGCACCUCUAACGAAAGUACAGAGGAGAGCUCAAACUGUGAGAGUGGUUCGCUUACAAAGGCUAGGGGCGCUUCAGGAAAAAAGCGAAAAGCAUCGUCCAGGAAAAUUUCUUUGAAUGGAGUGGCGCAUGAGGGUAAACAGGUUCAGAGAAACGCUGCCAACGCCAGGGAGAGGGCCAGGAUGCGCGUUUUGAGUAAAGCCUUUUCCAGGCUGAAGACUACUUUACCGUGGGUACCGCCGGACACCAAGCUAUCAAAACUGGACACCCUGAGACUGGCAUCAAGCUAUAUAGCCCACUUGAGACAAAUCCUGGCCAACGAUAAGUAUGACAAUGGGUACAUACACCCAGUCAAUUUGACAUGGCCCUUCAUGGUUGCUGGAAAACCAGAAAAUGAACUGAAAGAAGUUUUGAAUACAUCACGAUUGUGUGGAACUACAGCCUCUUGAUUCGACGGUUGGACAUGUCUAAAAUGGGCUUCAAAAAGAAAAGAAAUGUGAGAAAAACUUUUGCUCUUAAGAAGAUAUUUUACAAAUUAAGACACGAGAGGGGACCAAAUCUUCAAUUCAUUCCUCUGGAAAAACAAGUUAUUUAAAGUAUGCUGACUUUAUGUUCGCCUUGCUGGUUCAAGUGCUGUUUAAUGUUUUAUUUGUAUCAUGCUAAAAUGAUUUAUAAAGAGUUUGUUGUCAUAUAGCUGCAAAUACAUCUAUAGGUGACUUUGAUAGUCAUUGCUGUACAAAAGAAGAUAUAACUAUAUUUUUUCCAGCCGCGUUUUUUUUAUAUAAUUCUUGUAAAUAAACAUUUUCAAAUAUUCGGAAUCAUCCACAUGCAUUUCAUUAUUGCUUUUUGCUAGUGAAAAGAAUAUUCUAGUGUUCUUUCUGAAAUCGCUGGUUACAAAAUAUAGAGUCUCCAAAUCACCUAUAGGGAAAAAGACACCAAAACCAAUUACAGAGAAGAAACCGAUAACGUUGUUUAUUGUUUUUAACUCGCUUAAACAAACUAAUGAUUCUGUUCUAAUAGUUCCUUCGUAAAAAACAAACAAACACAUGCUAUCAGUUUCAACUUCUGCAUUUCCGAAUAAAAAAUAAAUGGGUUUAAUUAAUAAAUGUAACUUUAACCGCCAGGAAGCGUAACAGUUUUACAUGUGGUAGAAAUACCUUCGAAUAAUAUUUUUUCCUUAUAUGAACAUAAAGUAGAAAUAUUGUGGUAUUGAUAAUACUGUAAUCAUCAAUAAGAACAAUCACAAUACUUUGUUGUUCUUUAAGUUCCGCUUGUAUGCAAUAUCGUCAAAAGUUCGAAAAAGUAUACCCUUUGAAAGAAUUAGAAAGAAAACGUGGACCUUGCUUAUUUAUUAACUGGUAUACGCAAGCUGACAUAAAAAGUGCUAAAAGCUGGUAUGUUUUAAGCUGCCAAAUAUUAUAGUUUUGAGCUAGUACGCACCAGAUCUGACACAUUUGUUUAAAUCUUAGGGUUAUGACCGCACUGUUUAUAUAAUGCAGACAGUUAUUUAUGCAGAAGGUUACUCCCUAGAACGUGGAUUUAUAGCGACAAACAAACAUAGAUAUUCAGUAAACCUUUGUCGGCAAAUUAUCGUGCAGCCUAUUAAAUAGCCUACGCAAAGUAAAUUGAACUUCUAAAGUAGGAAUCUAAAAAGAAGGCAUAUUUAUUCAAAUAUAAAUAUGUAGGGGAUACUCCUCCAUACGUGUUAGUAUUAUAUUAAAUUUGCUCACAUAUUCUGUUUUCCAUCUUUUCAACCCCAAUUAGCUGCUACUGUUAGAAAAUAAUUGGAUACGCAUUUUCUGCCGUCGACAGUUAAAAAAACAAACAUUCUGAAGUACGAAUUCCUGAAUAAUAUUCUAAACAAUUUUGAACACAAGGGCUGCACUGAAAAAUCAUUCACAAUACAUUUAAUAAUUUAUUGACUGUUAACUGGUUCUUUUUGCAAAAACAUCUGUCAACAAAGUACUAUUGAACAUUUUUCAGAAACUCAUAUGUGCAUCUUAGCCAUGGGAAUACAUCUAGAAUCAGAAAAGUUAGAAUUUGAAAUAAAUAUAUCUUAAUUAAAGGUUAACAUAUGUAAAGUACCUAAAUUAAAUAGGACAUUUUUUAAAAGCAUUUAUAAAAAACAUUGAUCUUUGGUAUUCUAAAAUGUAAAAACGCAUUACAUCAAUAAAAUGUCAUAUGUUUUUGAUAUUACACAUCUUGCAUUUUUCUCUGAGGAAAUGCUUAGAGAAGUUGCUUAAAGGUUGCAUUACUUUAGUUUUAAAAUAAUCAUGAGAUUACAUAGGCUGUGCUAAAGAAUUAAACUAUUAAUACAGCAAGGUGUUGUGGAACUGAAACAUGUAGAAAUAAGAAACAAAACAGCAAAACAAA